AUGCGCCCAAAGGUUUCAAUUGCUCACCUGGCUCGCCAUGGAGGCCUCUCGCUGGCCGAGCUGCCUCCCCCCUUCGCUCCUGCCCUCUACUCCCCCAUAAUAUCAGUAUCGCGGUCGUCCAAAUUUUCAACCUCUGCCUCCUUUCAAGAUCGGAACAAGAAUCGUGGCGUCUCUGCCAUCCAUAGAAGCGGACUUAAGCAUCGUUUGUCUGUGUCAAAGUUCAAAUUACCAGUCCCAGUGAACCCAGAAAGACAUGAACCGCGUGUUCUCAACCCGGAACAUGGUCUCUGGGACUUCUUUCUUCCAAACAAACAGGCUUUUCCCACCCCAGAGCAGGAACACGCGCACGGCCGCUCCUGGACUAUUCAAGAAUUGCGCCAGAAAUCGUGGGAUGACCUCCACUGUCUAUGGUGGGUGUGUGUGAAGGAGCGUAACCGGAUUGCUACAUCCAAUUAUGAAAGAGACAGACUAAAGGCUGGAUACGGAGAGUACGAGGCUGGAAAAAGAGACAAGACGAUCGUCGUUACACAGAACAAUAUCAAGCAUGUCCUAAGAGAACGAUGGAACGCCUGGUCAGAGGCUCGCGAGCUGUAUAACAAUGGCUACCGACCAGAGCAAGACGAGCUCCUAGAAACCGCCGAGUUGCAGGAGGAUGCUAUGCCUGCAGAGGUGUCGGUCGAGGACAUUAAGGCAGAUGCAGCAAAUUCUAGAAGCCAGCCCACCGUUCCUGCAUGA